ACAUACAACUAAAACAUGCCGAAGGCGGGAAAGGUAAACCAACUCAGAAGGAGAAGGUGUGUCAUCCCUAUAGCAGGAAAGCUGCUUACUUGGCCAGCCAGGAGACGUCUGGGAAAGAAGGAGAGACAAAAGAGUGAGAAGGCCACUCGUCUCAACAGCAUUGGUGAUAAGCUGCAGUGGUUUCAGAGCCAGCUGGACUCUGAGAAGACAGAGUUCACCAAACAGGACGCCUGUCACAUCAUAGAGAGGUACCUGCAGAGGUUUGACGGGGAGUUGGACCAGAUAGAGCUGGUGAACGGGAUCAAAGGUCGUCAGGGUCGUCUCCAUGGCAGCAGGGAGACCGUCAUCAAACAGACUGUAGAGAGAGAGACCGCUCUGUACCAUGGCAACGGCUUCGAGAUUCCAGACAUCAUCAACUCUAAACAUCUCAAGACCUUCAGGGAGUGGAGCGGCGAUCUAAAGAAGCUUCCCAACAUCAAGAUGAGGAAGUUCUCUUCCCGAGGGACGGAAAGAACAGGAGGAGGAGAGGAGACCGCUGGAGGAGAGGAGGAGGAGACCGCUGGAGGAGAGGAGGAGGAGGAGACCGCCGGAGGAGAGGAGGAGGAGGCCUUAAUGAAGGACUCAGAUUCAGACACCCAGGAAGAUGCCCCAUAAUGCUUUGCAUGUUAGAACUCUGGGGAUGUCAGCCAUACUACCUGACUGGGGUUAAGACAACCUGUGUGUGUGUGUGUGUGUGUGUGUGUGUGUGUGUGUGUCCCAAUACAGACAUCUAAUAAACCUAAAUACAGACCGA